GAAAACUGUUCGAAGUCCCUUGAGCUCGACUCCCCCUCUCGCAUAUAAAUCAUGCUCACCCCAACUGAGAAAUUCCAACGUAAUUUCGUUGCAAUGCUCCAUCCAAUAUCUCCUCAGUUCUCCGCUCUUCACCAAGUACGAGUACGGAGAGAGAAUCCGUCCCUUCCACCUUCAACUCAUGCAUGUCUUCGUUGCGGCACGCUUCUAACACCUACCCAUGGAACCUUUCGCUCACGACGCGUGAAAUCAAAAGUGCUCAAAUCACGAUCUAGGAAACCUCCUCAACCUGACAUUCAAACGGCCAUGGUUCAGACUUGCGAAGCGUGUCUCUGGACCACUCGAUUACGAAGUGGACGCGCUAAAGGAACGUCCCCUUCAUUUCCAUCAGUGUAUAGAAUGUCGAAGGGUCGUACAGCGGUUGUAUCGCGGCUCGUUGGCGCUGUACCUGCUGGGGAGUCUGCACAAGUUGAAGAAGCUCAAUCAGUCACAGCGCAGAGUCACGAGAAACCAUCUCAUUCACGAGUCACGCCAGUUCAUCAUCCGCAGAGCGUGCAGAGCAUCGAAAAGAGAAAGCCCAAUAAAAACGAUGAGUACCUGCAGCGUAUGUUAGCCCACGAACAAAUCAAGGGUACGGCAAAUCGAAGCCGUGUCCACCCACAAACGACCAAUCGCUUGGACCGCGACGCUCGUCUCAAGCAACAAAAAGAUCGUGAACAAAACAUGUCUGGUCUUGCGAUGUUUUUGAAGCAGCUAUAAUUUCUACAAGAUAUUUUAUCGUGGCACUCUACUCCGACUCCGUACGUUUUCAUCA